UGUCAAAUUGGAAUGCACCCGACGCCACGGAAACCGGAAGACGUCAGGUUGUUGUCAGCAACAACUGCUGUCUGUUAUUAUCAAAUUUCCUUAUCGCUUGAGGUCAACAAUGUGUCCAGGGUUUAGAGUCUGGACAUCGGGAGAAUCAUCUGUCGUUUACAUGAGGAGAUCGUAGCGAGUUUGUGGUUUUUCUCGUUUCUUCUUUCUUUCUUCGUUGUUGGCGGAGCGGGAAAUUUAAAAACAUCGCCCCACUCGGCUUCCGUAGCGCGACAACAACACGACUCCUCAUCCUCAACAAAACACCUGUACGUUAUGAUGUCGUCAUGAGGACGUUCUCCUGGGUACCGGGUGAGAGCGGGCUGGAAGACGUGUCCACCUGCAGCUCUGAUGCCGGCAACGUCCUUAUCCGCUCAACCACUACAGUCCUGUCCAAACCCAGCCACCCAGACCAGUCCAAACCCAGCCAUCCAGACCAGUCCAAACCCAGCCCCUCAGACCAGUCCAAACCAAGACCCCCAGACCGAGUCCACCCAGGGACCAGGGAGCCUGGUCAGCGACCACAGACGUCAAAUAAGGACAAGCUGAAGCCAGGGACUAGUCGGUCGAUGGUUGACCAUCUAGUGCAGACGAACCAGUCUCCUAUACUGGUGGACCAAUCUCGAGCACUGAAGGAAAAGUCUCCUUUACUGGUGGACCAGUCCCCAGUACUGACGGACCAGUCCCCAGUACCGACGGACCAGUCUCCAGUGGUUCUGUUUUCAGGUCAGGAGGUUCUCACUGCUAACCACCCUUUCCAAGGCCUCCAACACAGGUCCCACAGCGCCCCCAGGAGGCUAGAGGGGGAGGUGCAGUUCUCGGAUCCCGUCCCUAACCCUGAGACUGGCUGUCUGUCGUCAUGCCAACAGGGAGCUGUUACCGCGGCGACGCUAGCCGCUACAGCACCUCUGAUCCAAGCUCAGAGUCAGUUGGAGUUCCGGGUUUCCCAGCUGACGGAUGCUUUGAGGAGGUUCCAGGAGAUGAAAAGCCCUCAGGAUGAGCUGAGCUGCAGAACCUCAGAUCAUCUGCUGCACAGACUGGAGAUCCUUCAGAACCAGCACCUGCUGCUGCAGAGGCACCUUCUGGACUCCACCUGCAAGAUGAGCAUAGGCCACGCCCCCGUGACCCCUGACCCCCCCUCGACCCUUCACCUUUCCCCUCCUGCUGCACCUCCUCACUCAGUGUCAUCUGGUCAGGCCUGGCCCCUCCUGACCAAUCAGAGAAGACCAACCAAACACAUGACCAGCCAUAGUCCCGGGAACUCCAAGGAAACCAAGGACCUCCGGCCAUCAGGGACCAGGAGAGGAGCUUCAAGGGUUCCCAUAUCAACCAGACGUGUUUCAGAAAGUCGGACCCAGCGGGCCAAUCAGGUGGGAGGAGGGCCUGUCCAGUCAGCCAUCCUAUCAGCUCCCGGUGGAUGUUCUCCAACCAUGGUUCCCUCUGUCCCAGCACCUCCUCCUCCUCUCUCUGCUCCUCCUUUCUCUGCUCUAGCUCCUCCUGCUCCUCUCUCUGCUCCUCCCCUCUCUGCCCUAGCUCCUCCUCCUCCUCUCUCUGCUCCUCCUCUCUCUGCUCCUCCCCUCUCUGCUCCUCCUCUCUCUGUCCUAGCUCCUCCUCCUCCUCCUCUCUAUGCUCCUCCCCUCUCUGCUCUUGCUCCUCCUGCUCCUCCUCUCUCUGCCCUAGCUCCUCCUCCUCCUCUCUCUGCUCCUCCCCUCUCUGCCCUAGCUCCUCCUGCUCCCUCCGUGGUGCAGGAGGCGGCUCUGGUUCUCCGGGACGUCCGCAGACAGCGGAAGGUUCUGGAGGAGAACGUGGACGCCAUGCUGAGAGCCCGCGACACUGAGGCUCUGCACCUUCAGCUGGACGCCCUGUCGGCCAACAGGGACUGCAGCGAGGCUUUGAGGGUCAGGAGGACGGUGGACGCGUGGAUCAACCGUCUGUCACAUGACCCCCAGACCUCCUCUCCUCCCACCGCUGCUCCUCGAGGAGGAGGAGGAGGAAGAGGAGGAGGAGGUCCCUCGCUGCCGGCCAGGAAGGCGGGGCCAAGGCCACUGGGCGUUCCCAGGCAACCAGGCGGUGUCAAGGCAGGAAGAGGAAGUAGGCGACAGCAGCCCAACGCCAGAUCAGCCGUGGACCAGGACCAGGACCAGGACCAGGCUCCAGCCAGGGGUCCGGGGCCCUCCUCCAGGGGCGCCCUGAAGAAGACCCCCUACCUCAGACCCCCCUCCCCGGGCCCCCCCAGACACAGGGACCCGGCCAGACCCCCACCGGUGGACGGCGGCCGGUGUGAGACGCCCUACAGGGGGGUGGACCCCCAGAGGGUCUACAGGACCCUGGUGGAGAGAGGAGUCCAGAUGAAGUCUAUUAGAACUCAGACCGAUCCAUCUGCCACUCCCCCCCGGUUGCCGAGACAACCGGUCCAGGACGACUGCAGCCACGCCCCCGUUACCCACGGCAACCAGCGUUCCCAGGACAGGGCCCAGCACUGGCUCCCCGUGGCCGUCCCCCUCGGUCAGGAGCUCGUAACUGGGCUGUCGUCCAGACGACCGCUGAUACAACUUCCAAAGACGUCCAACAUAGCCGCCGCGCACCCAACCACUGGAUCCAACAUGGCCGCCGCGCACCCAACCGCUGGAUCCAACAUGGCCGCCGCGCACCCAACCGCUGGAUCCAACAUGGCGGCCAUUGAAGUCCCCAGUGGAUCAAACAUGGCGGACAUUGAAGUCCCCGAUGGAUCCAAAAUGGCGGACAUUGAAGUCCCCAGUGGAUCCAACAUGGCUGCCGUGGAAGUCCCCAAUGGAUCCAACAUGGCUGCCGUGGAAGUGUUGAAUCAGAGAGCAACAGUUGAACUACAGAUCGUCACAGAAAGGAGUGAUGAAGAAGAGGAGGAGGAGGAAGAGGUGCUCUUCCCAGGAACGGGUUUCCUCUCUGUAGUGGAUGUUGUUCAGGAGGACAGUGUUCAGGAGGAGCUGCUCAUCGAGGUCUCUGGACAUCGCUCCCCUCCCGCUGCUCUCUACCACGGCCCGGCCUUCCCCCCCUCCACCUCCGCCGCCCCCCUCCCUGCCCAGGACCAGGCCUCCGCUCUGGGCCUCAUCCAGCGGGGAGACGCCCUGGAGAACCGGCUGCUGGAGUGGGUGGAGCAGCAGGUGAUGACCAGGGUCAUCUGUCAGCUGUACAGCCCCCCUCCCCCUGACCCCGCCCUCAAUGAAACGAGUGGCCAAUCAGAGGCCGAGGAGGAGAGCGUCACCUCGGGGUCACACCGUUCACCCGAGGGCCCUGCUGGGGUCGGUUCCCCUCUGCUCCGCCGGUACGUCAGGGAGGUUCUGGUGGAGACCGGGACCCUGAUGCUGUCCCAGAGAGACCCGCCGGGACCGGGACCGGGACCAGGACCAGGACCGGGACCGGGGACGGCAGAGCAGCUGCUGGUGUCCACCCCAGCUCCGACCCCAGUACCCAGCCCAGUCCCGGACCCGGACCCGGACAGUCCCCAGAGCCCCCCCCUGCAGACCCCCCCCCCCUCCGGAGCCCCCAGCCCGGAGCCAGCAGAACCCUGGCCCUCACACACAGUGGCUGACGUGGAGCUGGUGGCCACGCCCACCCCCACCCCGGAGCCACGCCCCCUGGAUGACGACCCGCCAAUCAUGGCUGAGGGGACCCCCGACUCACACUCACUGGUGAAACCUGCAUCUGAGGGGAACUUGCCCCUCCCCCCUGCUCCUCCCCCUGCCUCCCCCCCGGCCCUCCCCCCUCAGGACCACAGUGUGUGUACUAGUACGGCUGGUAGUACUAGUACUGCUGGUAGUACCAGUACUGCUGGUAUCAGCCUGAGCACCAGCAGCAGCAGCCUGGUGGCGGCCAGGGGGGCGGAGCCUGCAGUGAGACACAUCUCAGAGGGAGAGCUGCUGGUCAGCUGCUACUACCCCACAGAAGACGGCAGUUUCUCCAGUUCUCUGCGUGAGCUUCAGGAGAUGGACUACGACCCUCCUAGUGAAGGACAGGUCGGAGGUCAUGACCCCACGCUGACCCUGCUGGCCAGGAUCGACCAGGAAGUCACGCUCUCUGAGCCCCGCCCCCAACCUGAGGGGUCCUGGGGGGAGGAGGAGGAGGAGGGGGAGGAGGUGAGCAUCGGGGAGGUCAGGGGGGGUCACACAUCCUCGCUAGCGGACCCCCGGCAACAACGGACUACAAACUCCCAGAGGACUACAAACCCCAGCAGGAGUAGGAGGGGGGGAGGAGGAGGAGGAGGAGGAGGAGGAGGAGGAGAAGGAGGAGAAGGGGAGCAGGAGAAGAGCGACACCGCGACGGCAGGGUUACGCUACGCACCGACCAAUCAGGGCCCGGUAACCAUGGGAGACCUAAAGGCCGAGCCAAUCGGUGAAGCUGUGAUGAACUCCUCGCUUCAGGCCGACCAAUCACACUCACCCCAACCGAUGGAGAGCACACCUAAGUCCUCCAGGCCUCUGGAGGCUCUCAGAGCACAACCUACCAUGGUGAGACCCUACGACCCCACCCUGCCAGGGGAACAGGAACAGGAAGUGAUGCGUGGCCGCAGGAAGCUUCAGGUCCUUCUUCCCUCGCUGAUCAACGAGGAAGAGGAGGAUGAGGAUAACUGAUGAUGUCAUCGGCCAGAGGGGAGGAGGGAGGUUUUACUACUAUACGAUAAUGUUUUUUAUUGAUAUUUUCAAAUAAAUGCUUGUCUAAAUUUGACGCUUGACUGAUGAUGAUCGUGUUCGUUCUGGUAAUCUCAAAUAAACAUUUAAAUAUC